AUGUACAUCGAUAAUAUCGUAGAAAAUGCCCAGUCUGAUCCACAUCGCAGCAUUAAUUAUUCAAGGUUAUUGCAAAAACUGCAAGUAAGGGAAUCCGGGAGAGAUAUUGAAGAGAAAUUAAGAAAUGGGAUCCUGGAAUGGCUAAAAAAGACUAGUUAUCAAUUACUGAUCACAGGCCUACUCAAUGCUUUGGGGGAGACAGGAUUUUCAUGUACCAAAGAGAAAAUUGUGAAAUUUGUCGAGGACAACCCUAUUUAUGUAUAUUUUGGUCGCACAAGAGAACACGUUAACUAUGAACCCUAUCGUUUGAGAUAUGACAUUCCAUUCUACAGCAAACAGGAAGAAGAUGACGUUGCUUUAUUAGAAGUUAACUGCACAGAUUUACCAAAGCCAUUUAUUUUGGACAUAUCUCGCAAGCGACCAGAAAAUGUUACCAUUAUUGGUCACCCAGCCUCCCAUGGCAAUGAACAGAUAAUUGACAGAAAAUGCCCUUUGAUUUCGGAAUAUGACGCUUUUCAAAUCUACUGUGAAGCACUUUCGUGGUGGCAGAGUAAAUUGGAGAAUGAUAAAAUUAAAAAAGCUUAUGAUUUCGACAAGAGGCUAAAGGUAAAGGUACUGUUCCACUGCUCAGAAUCCACAACUCAUGGUGCCUCGGGUGGCCCUGGAAUCAAUGAUUUAGACGUAGGCUCACCAAAAGUGUAUUUAAUGCUCCAAGAGGGAAUCCCGGGUUUUGUGCAUGAUAAAUCGAUAAAAGAAAUAUUGAGGACGUGCCCUAAAGAAUGCCUUGUUGAGAGUGGGAUCAGCAUGUCCAGGGUCUAUGAACUUUUAAGCAGUAUACAACAAUUGAAAGUAUUGCGAGAUAACAUUUUUCACACAUAAAUAUGUCUGUGUUUAUGGUUUUAUCUCAUCUAUUGAUGAAUGAUAAAAAUGUAUCGUUAUCAGAAUCAGGAAACAAGAAUGGAUGAUUUGUGAAUAUGUAAUUCUAAAUUGGAGAAAGAGUGGCGUUCGACCAAAUAAAAUAAUAACUUAUCGGUGGUUAUCGGGACAAAGCUGCGUUUCACUUAAAAAAUUGCACGGCUAACUGAAAUAAAUGUUAAAGACACUUGAAAUAAUUGAAACAAGUUGUAGAAUUGUACAAAAAUGACUCAAAUCAAUUAAUGCCCUCUUCACACGGAGAGUUAAAUUCGCAGUAUAUGAAUGCGAAGUAAACUAAUUCAAAUUAAAUUGCGUUCACACGACAGCUAAUGUGAAGUAAACUUAUGAGAAUGAAGUUUUAUUUCUACAAAAAAGCCCGCUGUUUUUAGUAAGGCUAUUAUGAUAUCAUUUGUAAAUCACGUCGUGUAUGCAGAGCUAUCAAAUAGAUAUCAUAAUCAUAGAGGCUACUAUUAGUAAUGUGUGUCUACAUAAUGAAUUUAUCCUGUCGAACAUAUUUUGAUAAAGCUUAUUUAACUUAGCAAAUCGUUUACAUUUUGACAUUGAUUAAUGGUAAUAUGACGUCAGUAAUUAGGUGCUUUGUGUGUUCAAAUGAAAACAACAAUGGUCUGUGUAGUAUGGCAUUUGGAGGGGGCAUAUUGAUUUGAGGUGUGGUUGGUAGGUCAUUUGGAGGGGGCUAAUUAGCAGUAUGAGGUAGGUGGACAUCAUAACAUCGUUUCAUGCAGUAUUCUUCUCAACAAGUGAAAUGUCACGAUUUUUAUCAGAGGCAGGAUAAAGGUAUCCAUUUAGUGAUAAACAUACCUUUCCUUUAUUUUUGAACCAUAUACAGCACUGUUACCUAUAUCUAACCACCAACAUGUGCCCUUUGACUUCAUUCUGGCCUUACGCAAAUUUAAUUUGAAUUAGCUUCGCUCAGCGUUCACAUGGAGCUAAUGAGCAGUACUUUAAUGUGCAGUUAAUUAAUUCAAUUGUACUAAUUCGCAUUAAGUUCUCCGUGUGAGCAGGGCAAUAAGUUUCUAAAAAAUAUUUGUAAACGGAACACGUAAGGAAUUUCUGUUAAUGAUGUCAAAUAAAAUUAAAUAAUUCAAUGCCCUUUUCACAAGGAGCGUUUAAUUCACAGUUAUAAAUGUAAAGUGAAGUAAUGCGCACCAAACUAUUAAUUAGAUUGGGACAGCUAAUGCGAAGUAAACUAAUGCGAAUUAAAAUUUUAUUUCUACAGUCAGUCUCGGUAAGGCUAAUUUGACGUCAUUUGUAAAUCACCUCACCUUUUGCAGAAGAUGAUCCAUUAGACAUAAUGGCAAAGUGUACGUACACAAUUUUAGUGAUUAACACGAUUUUUCUUUGUUUUUCAAUCAAAAAAUAGCACAAGUACUUACAUUGUAUAGCUGAAAACCGACAUGUGGCAUUUGACUUUAUUUUGUCAUUACGCAUGCCCCCAAAUUUAAUACGUAUUAGCUUUGGUAACACGAAGUAAUUUAAUGCGCAGUAAAUCAAUUCGAAUCAAAUUAAUUGGCAUUGCAUUCUGAACUUGAACGAAUUAAACUCUGCAUGUGAACAGGACAAUCAUUUACAUUAAAACACGUGAUGGCAUGUUUACAUUCACCAUGUUCUUGUUAUUAGAUAAGUUUUAUUUUUAUGUAAUUUAUGCAUUCAAGAAACAUGGACUUGAAUUUAAAAUAUCGAUUUACCACAAAACAAUAAUAUGUUGUUCAUAAUGAAAACUUGCUUAUAUGUAAGUAUGGAACAUACAAUUAUGGCCAUUUUUUAUAUAGUAAUUCCCCCCUUCAAAGAAAAGAGGGCAUUUUGCUUAGCUGCUGUCUGUCGGCUUAUCGGUCGGUCCAUUUAGUUUCCGUUUAUUUUCUUCACAAUCGUUGCACCUACUGAAAUGAAAUUUGGUAUACAGGUAUAAUAUCAGAUGAAUAUCUAGAUUAAGUUCUGUUUUGGAUACGAUUGCACCAUUUUUGACAGAGUUAUGUCCCUUGAACUUAGAAAAAUUCCAAUUAUUUUCAGUUUCCAUACAUUUUCUCAGUAAAGGCUGCACAUAUUGAAAUGGAAUUAAGUAUACAGGAAUUUCAGAUGAAUAUCUAGGCCAAGUUCUGUUUUUGGUACGAAUGCACAAUAAUUGACAGAGUUAUGCCCCUUGGACUUGCAUUUUCCAUUUUCUUUGGAGAGGUUGCAAAAAUUGACAUGGAAUUUAGUAUGCAGAUUAGUCAGAUGAAUAUUUAGGGUAAGUUUUGUUUUGGGUAAGAUCACACCAUAAUUGACAGAGUUAUGUCCUUUGGACUUGCAUUUCCAUUUUCUUUGGAUAGAUUGCACACAUUGACAUGGACUUUAGUUUGCAGAUUAGUCAGAUAAAUAUCUACGCCAAGUUCUGUUUUGGGUACGAUCGCACCAUAAAUGACAGAGUUAUGUCCCUUGGACUUAGAAAUGUUCCAAUUAAUUGCAGUUUCCGUUCAUUUUCUUCACAAGCAUUGCACAAACUGCAAUGAAAUUUGGAUUACAGGUAUAUUAGAUGAAUAUAUAGGUCAAGUUGAACUUGGAAUAUUUCCUAUUAAUCGCAGUUUCCGUUCCUUUUCUUUAGAGAGGUUGCACAUAUUGAAAUGGAAUUUAGUAUACAGGUAUAUCAGAUGAAUAUCUAGGCCAAGUUCUAUUUUGAAUACGAUCGCACCAUAUUUGACAGAGUUAUGCCCCUUGAACUUAGAAAAAUUCAAAUUAUUUGCAGUUUACGUUCAUUUUCUUCGGAGAGGUUGCACAUAUUGAAAUUGAAUUUAGUACACAAAUUAUGAUGAAUACGUGUAACUUGGUCAAGUUAUGCUUUGGGUAUGAUCGCAUCAGUUUUGACAGAGUUCAGCGCUUUUCUACUUUGAAAAAUUCGAUUUGUGGGGGAAGGGGGGAUUAGUGUUUUCGAAAAAUCUCUUGUUAUUUAUAAUUUAAAUAAAACAACCAUUAUGUAUUUAAUUUCACUUAUGUGUUGAAUGCUGUUUAUUUUCUUUUGUCGUCUAAAUGUAAGUAAGUAGAUGUUCCAUUUUAUUGUUCAAACUCAAUGUUGAAUGGCACAAUGAGCCUAUGUUCGUCAAUCACAUUUGGUAGCAUAAUUAUUUUUGUAGUGCCAUAUUUUUACUGUAUACCUACUGUUUAUAUAUAUUUUGCAAAUAUUUUUUUAUCUGUAAAUUUAGGGGAUAGGUAUAUUGAUAUGUAUUUGUGCGAUUACCUUUUGAUCUGAUCCCCUUUUAUAUGAUGUAUAUAUUUUUUCUUAUUUCGUCAUUUUAACAAAUGAUAUAUUUCAUCUCAACAAUGGUGCUGAUUUAAUUUGAUUAUAUCUUAGCAAAAACAGAAGUGCAGUGAGGUUGUGCAGCAUGAGGAAAUAUAAAUCUUUAUUUUUUUCUUCGUAUUAAAGUGAGUUAAGCUAUUGUCAGUGAGUUUACAUAAAUUUACAUACUCACGUUUUCAUAGUUUUUAUCUUUCGUCGUCGCUCGUUGUGCGUCGUGUGUUAACAUUUAAACAUUUUCAGCUUCUUUUCUAAAAGCACUGAACCAAUUUCAACAAAUUUUAGCAUAUAGCAUCAAUUUUUGGUAAAGGGGAAUUAUAAUUAAUUUUAUGACACACCCCCCUGGACCUAUAGGUGGGGGUGAAAAUCACUUACAGUCAUGAUAUCUUUCAAAAGAAAUUCUUUAUUCUUAGACAUAGAGCAGCCAAACUGUUGGCAUCAUUGUAAUCAGCAUUAAGCCCUCUGGUGUUAGGGCGAGGCUCUAAUGAUUAUAUUUUGAAAAUGCAUAAAUAUUUUGAAAAUUUUCUACUCUGCUCCUGGGUAUUAAACCAAUAAACUAUGUACAUAAUCUUGAUGAAAAAGGUUGUCUUUUCCAAAAUUGUGAUGUUCAUGGCACCUGUUUCAGGUGUUCUGGUGUUAGGGCGUGGCUUUAUAAAUUAUGUAGUUAAAAUGCAUUAAUUAUUUGAAAAUCUUCUCCUCCGCUUCUGGGUAUUAAAUCAAUAAACCCUGUGCAUUGGUAUGACGAAGAAGGGUUCCUCUUCCAAUAUCGUCAAUUUUUAAGGUCCCUGGGUCAGGGGUUUUGGUGAUAUGGCUGGGCUCUACUUAGUAUUUAGUAAAAAUGCAUUAUUUCUUUGACAAAAAUUAUCUUUUUUGUUACUGGUGUGUUAUCCUGAUUAUCUAGUCUCAUACAUAUAUAGUUAUGAUGAGCAAACUUGAAUAAGGGUGCUUCUUCUAGAAAUGUGAAUUUCAAGUCCUUUGGGCAUGAGUACGGAGGGUCUUAUGAUAAUAUAUUGAAAAUGAAUAAAUAGCUUGAAAUAUGUGUUUUGUUAGUAUUAAUCGAACAUUUAUGAUGAACAAGGGUGCCUUUUCCAAAAAUUGUUAACUGUGUGGCGGCCACAGGGUCAGGGAUAUCUGUGGUGUAGGGCACAUACUGAAUAAAUUAAAGUGGAAAUGCUAAUUUCCUUUGUUCCUCUGCUCUGUCCUUGGAUAUUAUUUAAUCAUCAUAUGGGAUUUGUUAUUGUAUUAGUGUGCGAAUAUUUACUUAUAAAUACCUUAAGGCAUAUAUCAGGUGUUCUGGAAGUCGAUAUUACUAUUUUGGUUUUUAAAAGUCAUGGAUUUGAA